AUGUCUAUCACAUUAAAGAACGUAUUUGCACCAACUCCAACAGUUACACGUGGAAAGCCAGUGUUUGUCAAUGCUGAUCCAAAGGGAAUCAACUUGGUCUACGCAGUUGGUAGCGCAAUCGUCAUUAGAAACAUCAAGGACUCGACAGUUGCCGACCUCUACUACGAGCAUCCAGCUCAGACCACUGUCGCUCGUUACUCACCAUCAGGCUUCUACAUUGCCUCUGGUGACGUGCAGGGCAACGUCAGAAUCUGGGACACUGUCAACAAGGAGCACAUCCUCAAGAUCACACUCAGAGUGCUCGGAGGCCCCAUCCUCGAUCUGGCCUGGUCGUCAGACUCGCAGCGUCUGAUCGCCGUCGGAGACGGCAAGGAGCGCUUCGGUGCCGCCGUCAUCUGGGACUCGGGUGCAUCAUGUGGUGAGAUCAUUGGACACACCAAGCUCAUUCAGUCGGUCGACAUCAAGUCGAGCAGACCAUUCCGUGCCGCCACCGGCUCUGAGGACUUUGCCGUCAACUGGUUCGAGGGUCCACCAUUCAAGUACAACAAGCAGCUCACCACUCACGGACGUUUCGUCAACUGCGUUCGUUUCUCACCAGACGGCAACAAGGUCGUCUCUGUCAGCUCGGACAAGACAGGAAUCAUUUUCGACGGCAAGACUGGAGACAAGCUGGUCGAGCUCCAGGGUGGACACAACGGAGGCAUUUACGGAGCCUCGUGGUCCGCUGACAGCGCCCGCGUCCUCACCGCCUCGGCUGACAAGACCUCCAAGCUCUGGGACGCCACCACUGGUGCCUGCCUCAAGACUUUCACAUUCGGUGACACCACCGAGGACCAGCAGCUUGGUUGUCUGUGGGUCGGCGACAGUUUGCUCUCCGUCAACAUGUCUGGUGAGAUUGCCUUCCUGGACGAGAACAACGUCGCCAAGCCAUUGAGAAUUCUCAAGGGUCACAACAGACUGGUCAGCGCCAUCGCCUACGACGCCAACACCAAGACCCUCUUCUCCUCAUCGAUCGAUGGUGUCCUCUACCAAUGGGACCUGACCACCGGUCUCGCCACCCCAUUUGGCGGUGUUGCCCACAAGAACCAGAUCACCUCUAUCCAGGUGCACGGCGACCAGAUUGUCACCUGUGCCAAGGACGACAGCGUCAAGAUCUCCAAGAUCUCCACCCACACCUAUGGUCCAUCGAUCGCCAUCGACUCCCCAGCCGUCGGUGUCUCUGUCGCUGGCGACGUCGUCGUUGCCGCCUCGAUGAAGUCAAUCUACCUCAUCCGCGGUGGAAAGGCUGUUGCCACCGUCGCCGCUGCCUGGGAGCCAACCAGCGUUGCCAUCUCACCAAACGGAAAGGAGGUCUCUGUCGGAGGCAAGGACGAGAAGAUCCACACCUUCACCGUCAACGGUGACUCUCUGGCCGUCGCCGGUCUCCUGGAGCACCACCGUGGCCAGGUCAACUCUGUCUCAUACUCGCCAUGCGGCACUCUGCUCGCCUCUGCCUGCUCCAACCGUGAGGUCAUGGUCUGGGAGGGCAAGAACAAGAAGAUCAGCGGAUGGGUCAACCACAAUGCCCGUGUCAACACUGUUGCCUGGACUUCCGACUCGAAGCACCUCGUCACCGCCUCGCUCGAUGGUGCCGUCCUCGUCUGGGACGUCGUCAAGGGUGAUCAGCCAGUGCAGCUGAAGAACGCUCAUCCAGGUGGUGUCAAUGCUGCCGUCUGGACCACCGAGAACUCCUUUGUCUCAUGUGGUAACGAUGGAGCCAUGAAGUUCUUCACCGUCACCUUCAAG